CGGGUCCCGGGCGAGAGGACAGUUUUCCGGCCCCUUUCCGGCCCACUUCCGGAGCCGUCACUUUCACUUUCUCUUCCGCCCAAGCAGUCUUCCCCCUGCUUCCGAACGACGGGGUCCUCCCGGGAGCGCUGGGUGUGGGGCUGACCUCCUGGACACAGCGAGCGCCCGGGGACAAGUGGCGGGGAGCUCCCGCCCGCCAGGUGACUGGAGUUAGCGCUUCCCGAGUCGCAGCCCCCUGGGGGAUGGGCGCUGCUAGGCCAGAUGGACGAGACGACCAAGAAAGCAGAGGAGAUGGCCCUGAGCCUCGCCCGGGCGGUGGUGGGCGGGGAUGAGCAGGCAGCUGUGAAGUAUGCCACCUGGCUGGCACAGCAGCGGGCAUCCCUGAGUGUGCAUCUGAAGCCAGAGGUCCCACGGACACGGGACAUCAGGCUGUGUGUGAGUGUGGAGGAUGCCCAUGUACAGACCGUCACCAUCUGGCUCAUGGUGCGCCCUGACAUGACAGUGGCUUCCCUCAAGGACAUGGUAUUCCUGGACUAUGGCUUCCCCCCGAGGCUGCAGCAGUGGGUGAUUGGGCAGCGGCUGGCCCGAGACCAGGAGACACUGCACUCCCAUGGGGUGCGGCGGAAUGGGGACAGCGCCUACCUGUAUCUGCUGUCAGCCCGAAACACCUCACUCAACCCACGGGAGGUUCAGCGCCAGCGCCAGCUUCGGAUGCUGGAGGAUCUGGGCUUCAAGGACCUCACACUCCAGCCACGGGGUCCCCUGGAGCCAGCUCCUUCCAACCCUGGGGUACCCCAGGAACUUGGAGGGGUACAACCCAAUGGAGUGCCUGAGCCUCCACCGGUGGGCUGGCAGUGCCCUGGGUGCACCUUCAUCAACAAACCUACCCGGCCUGGCUGCGAGAUGUGCUGCUGUUCACGGCCGGAGGCCUACCAGGUGCCUGCCUCAUACCAGCCCGAUGAGGAGGAGCGGGCACGUCUGGCCGGCGAACAGGAGGCGCUACGUCAGUACCAGCAGCGGAAGCAGCAGCAGCAAGAGGGGAACUACCUGCAGCACGUGAAGCUGGAGCAGAGGAGCCUGGUGCUGAAUACGGAGCCCGCCGAGUGCCCCGUGUGCUACUCGGUGCUGGCACCUGGUGAGGCGGUGGUGCUGCGGGAGUGUCUGCACACCUUCUGCAGGGAAUGCCUCCAGGGCACCAUCCGCAACAGCCAGGAGGCGGAGGUCUCCUGUCCCUUCAUUGAUGACACCUACUCGUGCCCGGGGAAGCUGCUGGAGAGGGAGAUCCGGGCGGAUCGGGGCUGUUUGCAGCUCCUGCCCCCCGAGGAUUACCAGCGCUUUCUGGACCUGAGCGUCUCCAUUGCAGAAAACCGCAGUGCUUUCAGCUACCACUGCAAGACCCCGGACUGCAAGGGCUGGUGCUUUUUUGAGGAUGACGUCAAUGAGUUCACCUGUCCCGUGUGUUUCCACAUCAACUGCUUGCUUUGCAAGCUUCUCAGAUCCCUGGGGAACCCUGUCACCCUGCAGGCCAUCCACGAGCACAUUAACUGCAAGGAGUAUCAGGAUGACCUGGCACUGCGGGCUCAGAAUGACCUGGCUGCCCGGCAGACCACAGAGAUGCUGCAGGUGAUGCUGCAGCAGGGUGAGGCCAUGCACUGCCCACGGUGCCGGAUCGUGGUACAGAAGAAGGACGGCUGUGACUGGAUCCGCUGCACUGUCUGCCACACUGAGAUCUGCUGGGUCACCAAGGGCCCACGCUGGGGCCCCAGGGGCCCAGGGGACACCAGUGGGGGCUGCCGCUGCCGAGUGAAUGGGAUUCCUUGCCACCCAAGCUGUCAGAACUGCCACUAAGCUGAAGAUGGCUGGGUUCUCUCACUGGCAACCCCCACCCCAUUCAUAGGCAGUAGUGGGCAGGGCUGGACUUGGGGCCCUGGCUUUGGUUUCUGACCUGGGAGACAUCCCUGUGACUGGCCGAGGCUAAGGUCCCCCACUUUGCGGUGGCCUGCUUGUGCCACCACGUGUUCAGGGGCCCUGGCUGCAGUUGCCUAGUCACAUCUGCCCCAGUGCCUUUGCCCUUCUCCCCAGGGGCUUGAUGGCCAGACCUUUCUUCUAUGUGGCUCUUACCUCUGCCAGCCUCUAUCCUUAAACAGCUCUGCCCAGAGGCCUUGCUGGCCCAACCCUCUGCCGGCACCAUGAGACAACACUCCUCCCAACCACACUCCCCGCUGGCCCCCAAGCACAGCAGCCUCACCACUUCCCCAUUGGUUUCCAGGGUAACUUUACUCUGUCUUCACUGUCAGAGGCCUGGAGCCUCUUAUUGCUGCUGUGGACCUGCUCAGAGGGAGACUGGGCUAGGUGAGAGCACAGUGCAAUGGGUAUGGUGCUGUGUCCCAUCUCACCUGUGUAAGCAAAUUAAAAUGGUUUUCCAGGAA